GAGCUAGAGGGAGAGCAGCCCCAGCCUAGAUUGUCAAUGCAAGGGGGCGGGACUGGAGCAAGAGUAGUGCUGAAAGAGGACCCCGCCUCUCACCACUCUUGCCCGCCCAGCAGAGGUUCUACGCAUGCGCAUCAGGACGCCCGGGUGUCUGGACUACCUUUCCCAAAAGGCUCUUCGGCAUGUCCACAAAUUCUGGGAGGAGUUCCGUCGCGGUUACUAUGGAAACGUUGCUUCCGCUCCCUCCCGGAUUCUCGUCACUCUCACUACCGCCUCUGCCCAACUCCGUCCUCAGCCGCCACCGUCACUGCAGCCCGAGUACGGGACCAGGGGGCGUCGUCUGCUCCCCAGAUUUGCCUUUGGAAGCCCCUGGCCCCUGCUGCAGGAGAGGGUGCGGAAGAGGAGGCCAUGGCCCCGGUGGUUCUGACAGCCAGGGCUGGGCAGGAAUCGGUGACAUUCAAGGAUGUGGCUGUGGACUUUACCCAGGAGGAGUGGGGGCACCUGGACCCUUCUCAGAAGGAUUUGUACAGGGAUGUGAUACUGGAAAAUUACAGGAAUCUGGUGUGCCUGGGACUUGCAGCUUCCAAACCAGAUGUGAUCGAGCAGCUGGAACGAGGAGAAGCUCCGUGGAUGCCAGAGGACGACGUCCCGGGAAGCACCUGUCCAGAUUCUGGACCUGGGCCAAAUCCCAGGGUGUGGCCUCCAAAGCUGAGCACCCCUGGGGAAGACUCACCCCUCAAACACCUCCCGGGCGAGGGUCCUGGUGCCUCCCCACCAAGAGAAGCCUGGGGAUGGGCUGCUGGGUUAGAGAUGGAGCCAAUCAAUGCCAAGCCUUGGGGGCAGGUGAGCGCCCCCCAGAGGAAGCCUCCUAGUAAAGCACCACAUGAGGAAUGUGAGAGAUCUGGUGCUGGCUUCAGUCCCGAGGCCGGCCUGUUUCCCCAACAGCAAGUCUCGGUAGUCGAGACUCUCUAUAAAUGUGAUAUUCACAGAAGAAGUCUCAGUCUGUGUUCAGACCUGAGUAAAUGUAGUAGAAUCUGCCCCAAGAAGAUCCUUUCCAAGCAAAAGGAAUGUGGAAAUUCCUUCAGUUACAAUUCAGAUCUUUCUGAGCAUCAAAAAAUGCAUCCCGAAGAGAAACCUUGUGGAUGUAAUGAACUUGGGAAGGCCUUCCACCAGACCGUUCACACCGGUCAGAGGACUCGUUCUGAAGAGAGGCCAUACGAAUGUAGCGAGUGUGGGAGGGCCUUCAACCACGUCUCCUCGCUCAACUCCCAUCAGAGGACGCACACUGGAGAGAGACCUUACGAAUGUAAUGAGUGUGGCAAGGCCUUCUGCCGGAGCACACACCUUAUCGAGCACCAGACGAUUCACACCGGGGAGAAACCUUACGAAUGCAGCGAGUGUGGGAGGGCCUUCCGCCAGAGCGCACAGCUGACUCGGCACCAGAGGAUUCACACUGGAGAGAAACCAUACAAAUGUCACGAAUGUGGCAAGGCCUUCAACCACAGCUCGUCCCUCACUUCCCAUCACAGGAUUCACACUGGAGAGCGACCCUAUGAAUGUAAUGAAUGCGGCAAGGCCUUCAACCACUUUUCUUCCCUCACCUCCCAUUACAGAAUUCACACUGGAGAGAAACCCUAUGAGUGUAGCAUCUGUGGCAAGGCCUUCUACCACAGCUCGUCGCUCACAUUCCACUCCAGAAUUCACACAGGAGAGAGACCGUACGAGUGCAACGACUGUGGCAAGACCUUUAAUCACAUUUCCUCCCUCAUCUCCCAUCACCGGAUCCACACUGGGGAGAAGCCUUAUGAAUGCCAUCACUGUGGGAGGGCCUUCCGCCGCAGCACCCAUCUCAGCCGACACCAGGUGGUACACACCGGACACAAACUCAGUGAGUGAGGCCAGAAAUCCAUGCGGGGAAGGGGCCUGGUGAGGCAGAACCUUGCGAAUGGAACGAGGGUAAGCAAGAUUUCCAGGGGUACGCUUGAUGCAAGUCUGUCCUUGAAGCAUGCGUCCAUCCACCUUGGUCUGAGGCCUGGGUUUUUCCAAGCCUUUUCUUCUCUCAGUUUCCCCGCCAUCUCCGACCUAGCCUUAGAGAAGAGUUGGUGAUGUGAGAGGCGCUCUUUCAACUUCACUUGUGGAGACUCUCAGAAGCUUCAAGUCUUCUCUCUUCUGUUGAAGCUUCCCCCUUGAUUCCAUCCUUCCUGCCUGAUUUCACCAAGACCUGCCAAUAGCGGUACUCCUUUCGUUCAUGAACCUUUCAUCUGUCUUUUUCCACAGUCCCAGCCCGAGUGGCCUGUGGUGCUCCAAAAAUAAAGGAGUGAACAGGUACCCCCCUCCAUCCAGCCCUUCCACCUACUGUUCUCUCCUUAGCAAGCUUAUGGGAAAAGUUGCUGAUAUCACCCUCUGUAUUCUGAACCCCUUGACAUCUGCUGCUUCUCCCAGGACCUGUGCCAAAUCUUAGGCCCUCUUAAUUGUCUAUCCCAAGGGCUCGUUCCCUGGCCCUCAGCUUUUAUCUCCUUUGGCUCUAAGAAAUGGACCGAGCUGUUUUCCUCCUAGAUUCUCUCUCCUCCCUCCACAGUGUCUUUCACUUCUUCUGUCUCCUUGGUAGAUUCCUCCUUUUUCUGACCCUUUAGGAUGGAUGUUUUCCAAGGUUUGGGAAUUUCAUUCAACCCCAAGAUUUUCACCUCAGGUUCAGUACAUCAGACUUUUGUUUGGUUUCCUUCUGUCACUAGUAUCAGGAUUUAUGCUGUCCCAUGUUUGAAAUUUUCAUUAUUUUAACAUUUUCUAACUAAUACUUGCUGUUACAACGCCUUCGUUUCCAAAUGCCACCGAUCCCUCCCCUGCCUUCUGCUCUAGGGAGCCUUCCCCCGCGGCAGAACCAGCCCACCAGACUGUGUGCAGUCAUGGAAGGGAGACACAGCUCUUCUUUGGGGCCAACUCGGUCAUAUCAUCUUGCGGAAUCAAGUGUUGAUUUCUGGAGGUGGUUGUUUCCCUUCCAUUUACGUUGUCAUCCCAGCUUGUCAUCGUUCUUGUUCUAUUCACUUGGCGUCAGAUUAUUUUAUCCAUCUCAUAAUUCUUGGAAGUCUUCAUGUUUAUUAUUUUGGUGCAGUGAUAGCCUUUGUUUAGCCAUUCUCCCAAUUAAUGGGGGAAUUGUGUCCAAUUCUUUACUACUAAAAAAAGUGGGGUUAAUAAAUCUUCUGGUAUACAUGGAGCCUUUUUUUUCUAUCCUUGACCUCCUUAACAGUGGGGUCUCUGAAUCGAAAGGGAUGGACAGCUGUAGUCAUUUAUGCAGGGAAUAGCAUAAUUCCAAAUUGCUUUCCAGACUGGUUGGACCAGAUAAUAGCUACACUAACAGUGCAUUAGUUUACCUAUUUUUCUAUGAUGCCUCCAACACUGCUUCCAAAUAUUAGCAGAUUUUAUCAUCUUUGUCAGUUUUCUAAAUAGGUGAAACUUCAGAGUUUGAGAACAGUUCAUAUUAUUUCACCACAUCAGGUGGAGAAUGGCUCUUGGUUUUAGAGAUUUGUUAGUUCCCUAUGUAUUUUGUAUUUGUUGUUGUUUGUUGUUCAGUCAUGUCUGACUCUUUGUGAUCCUAUUUGGGGUUUUCUUGGCAGAGAUAUUAGAGUGGAGUGUAUGUUGGUUAUCAAGCAAGAUGUUUUCCCCAGUUGACAGCCUCCCUUCUUAUUGCAGUUGCUUUCAUUUUGUUUCUGCAAAAUGUUUAAAAUACUCCACUUGAUAUUUUGUAAUAGCCUCUAUCCCUUGUUUGGUUAAAGAUUCACUUCCUUAGCCAUAGCUAUGUCAGGUACCUGACCUGACCCUGUUGUCAUUUUUUUAUGGUGUCAUUUAUGAUAUUCAGAUUGUAGAUCCACUUUGAGUUUAUUUUGGUGUGUGGUGUAAGAUGUUGUUCUGGAGCUAAUUUCUACCAAACUGUUUUCUUGUUUUCCCAGUAAAAUUUUUUCACACGGGGAGUUUUUUCCCAAGUAAUUUGCUCUCAUUUAUUGAUACUCCAGUUCUUAGGAAUCAAGUUGAAUGUAUUUGUGUCUGAUUCUUCCUUGUCUGAUCUUUUCUUGGUACCAUUUUUAAUUCCUCUUUGUCCCUUGCCUCUAGUUUUUAAUCUGUUACUAAGGCCUACUGAUUUUCCCUUCACGCUCUCUCUUCUAUCACUCCCCUUCUGCUCCUGUACUUUUAUUCUGAACUUCACCUGCCUAUUUCAAGGUCUUCCCUCAUCCACUUUCUUCUCCAUCUUCCAUUCAUUCAACAAACAUUUAUUACCUACCUGCUGUAUUCCAGGAUGGGGCUAAGCACUAGGGAUAUAGAGACCAAAGGAAAAUUCCCAGGUCUUAAGGAACUUAGAUUCUAUUGAGGGGAGCCAGCAUGAACCAGAUAAGUGAGUACAAAAUACAAUCUAUACAGUCAGGCACUAACACUUGGCCUCACAUAAGGGGCAGCAUCUGAUCAGAGCUUUGAGGUGAGAAAGGGAUCUGAGAGGGGGAUUCUGGGCAUGGGGGAGGAACAGCAGACGGAGGUCCUUUUGGAGUCCCUGAGGGAGAGCAGUGAUGUAAUAGCUUCCGGGAAGAUCGGCCAGAGCCUCAAAAGCCAGGCAGCCAUGUACAGUGUAUAUGGGAGAUGUUCUGGCCACUGAGGCUCCCUGUGCAGAGGCCACAGCCAUGCUGAUCUCUGUGUGGAAGACAGAUUGGAUGCAGAGAGAGCCUAAUGGGGAGGCUGUGGCAAGCAGUCAAGAAGAGAGGUAGUGAGGCCCACAUCACGUGGUGACCACAUGAGCAAGAGGAGAGGUUGGGGGGUAGAGACAGUGCAGAGGCCACAGCAAUUGAUGGGGUGUCAGGGGUGCAGGAGAGGGGCGAGCUUAGGAGGAGAAACCGUGAGCUUACAUAACUGCAAGCGGGUGGUACUUGGGGACGUCUCAGAGACAUCACUCUGCCCAGGAGCUGCCUCGUACAAAGAGCGCUUUCAUCCUUGAGCCUCACUACAACCUGGAAAGUGGGUGUCGUGAUUGUCCCCAGGGAAAGUAUCUGAGGCAGGCCCAGCACGGUCCCACCACCCGGCUGGGCUUGGGGCUAGGCUGACCCGAGUGCCCAUCAGCCUCAGACACCUGGGCACCGUGGGACCCAGGAAAAGAGGCUUAAAGUGGGCUGCCUCAGAAUAGGGAAAUAAAAGCACCCACCUCCUGGGGUACCCAUGAUUGUCGCGCUUUGCCCGGUACCUGGCUCCCAGGAGGCCAGCAGGGCUUCCCGCCUGCCUGCCCAGUCUCUGACAUGGCGACAGCCAUUAAGUCCUGGGGCUGACCCUGUCAGAUUCAUGUUGUGGCUGCUCAAACUCUGAAUGACCUGAGGCCAGAGAGGGAGAUGAAGGACCCCAGAAAGGGUCUUUGGGGUUUUAGUUCCAGUGAGAGAGAAAGGAGGCCAAGGGCUGACAUUGGGAAAAAGGCGGAGGUGCUCAGCUCUCUGGCAUGAGCAUGGGAGAAUAACCUUCAGUCUUUUGAUGAUGAGUGAGAUAAGGGAGGGCAGAACCAGAGCCCCUGGAGGCCUUAGAACCACAGCCUGAGGUUCUGAUGGGAUGGCAGAGGCCUUUUGGGACUUGGGGAAGACCAUGGAAGACAGAAGCCUUCCCUAGCCCCCUGUGGGGGUGCCUCGGCCUGCCGACUCACCCUGCGUGUCCUGGAGGUAGCUGCUUGGCAGCUCCUUGAGGGCAGGGCCUGGCCCAGUGCAGGGUGCUUCACUGAUGCUUGUUCACUGCUCCUUGGGUAUAAUCGGCUCAAGGCAGCUUCCUUCACACCCACAGAGCGGUUUCCAGCCUCCCCUGGUCCCAUGAUGGUGGGUGAUAACACUUCUGGUUUGCAAAGCGCCUUGUGCAGACGAUGCCAUUGCAUCUUCACCACCUGGAGGGCUGAGCCAGUCACAAUGGAGUCUGGGACAGCCGUGUGAACCUCCAUCUAGCCUUAUCUCAUGGCACUUUGCUCCCCAUAUUUCAGGAUGUUCCUUGUGCCUGGAAUACCCUCUCUCCCCUCUGCCUGCCAGAUUCCUGCAACUCGUUGGAGGCGAGACUCUGAUCUGGCCACCUCUUUAAGUCUUCCUCUAUUCCCUUGUUCAUUCAUGACCUUCUGUCCCACUCAUACCUUACACAGGAUUUGGUACUUUUGUAUUAAAGUUAUAUCUAUCUAAAUGAUCAAAGGACAUGAACAAACAUUUCUCCAAAGAGUUGUAGAUUAAUAACCAUAUGAAAGAAUGCUGCAAAUCAUUAAUAAGAGAAAUGCACAUCCAAAUGGCCCUGAUGCUUUAGCUCGUACCUAGCAAAUUGGCAAAGAUGACAAAAGAUGGGAAUAAGAGAUGCUGGAGAGGUGGUGGCGAGAUGCAUUGUUGGUGAAGUGGUGAAUGAGGACAACCCUUGUGGGAAGCAAUCUGGAAUCAUGCAGUGACUUCAGUGACUGUCUAUCCCCUUUGAGGCAGUUGGUGACAAACAGAAUGGGCCCACACCUACAGAAAUACUUGUAGCAGCACUUCUCAUGGUAUCUAAGAACUGAAAACAAAGUAGGUGACCAUCCAUUGGGGAAUGGCUAUACAAACUGUGGCACGGGAACAUAAUGGGAUCUCACUGCGCUGUAAGAAAUGACCCACAAUAAAUCCAGAGAAGCCCGCAAGCCUUGCUCCAUGAGCUAACUCAGAGUCAAGAAAACAGCGCAUAUGUUGAUUCCCACAUUAAAACGGACAACAACUGGAAAACCAACCAGUGGAAUGUUAUGAAUUGGUAAGGGCCACACCUGGGCCCCAGGAGCAGAGAUGAGAAGAUCUGUCCCCUCCUUCUCUGCCCAAGUCCGAGGGGGUGACUGGGAAAUACUGUGUAGGACCUGAGGCUUUUCGAUACGUGAUGAAGCCGAAUUUUUUUUCUUCAUCCUUUUAUUGAGAUGGGAGGAACAGAGUGGGAAAUGCAGAUAAUGUCAAA